AUGGCAAGCAACAUAUAUGCGUAUGUGACCAAGUCGCCUACGUCUGGCAACGGGCUCUUCGCAAAGAAAGAGGUUGGUGGCGGCGAGCUGAUAGUGAAGCUGGCACGGCCGAUGAUAGCAGCUCUGGACUACUCGAGGCUUGAAGAUACGUGUGCGAAUUGCUAUGCGAGCAAGACGGCAUCAUCGAUUCGCAACCGUGAGUAUGGAAAGGCAGGUGAGCAAUUCUUCAAACUCAGUGCCUGCACUGGCUGCAAGGUUGUCAAAUACUGUGGCAAGGUGAGGGACAAGAGGCGCGUCAGGUUCAGUAUCCAUGGACUGACUGACAGGACCAAGAAAUGUCAAUCGCGAGCGUGGAAACGGCACCACAAGGUGAAUUGUAAGCUUUUCAAUCGAAUCCCCACCCGGCUUCUGUCGAACGCGGUUCGGGCGAUAUUGCAGAUCCGUGCAAUGGAAGCUCUCGGCACGUUGGAAGAGCACUGGCACGCGUUUGCAGGUCUGGAGUCGCAUGCAGAGCAGUUCAGCGGGCAACACCGCAAGUAUUGGAACGAGACGGAGCAGGUGCUUUCCUUGCUGGAUCAGUUCACGCAAGAAGAGAUGCAAAUCCGAGGCAUGGCUAAGCAAGACUUGCAUGGUCGAGUCCUCACGAACAGCCUGACACUGGUGACGGCGGUGUUUGACCCUAUCGGAAUCUGCCUCGAUCCGCUGGUGGCAGCGUCGAACCAUUCAUGUGAGCCAAACGCGGCGAUAGUGAUGGAUGGGCCAGAGCUGUCGAUGAGGUCGCUACGUCGAAUAGCAAAGGACGAGGAGAUCUUCAUUGCAUAUGUCGACACGACCAAUCCAUUUUCUUAUCGUCAGCAGGAGCUCAGUAGUCGGUACUUCUUUGAUUGCUCAUGUAGGAAAUGCCGGACAGGAUCAGAGCUCGAGAUGGAAAAAGACAGGAACAAAGCUGCAGUACAGGCGGCAGGAUUGGAGAAGCUGAAGCAGGCCAAGAAGGCUGGAGCAGCCGAAGCGGUCACGAAGCUUGAGGAUGGACUGAAGAUGUGCUUUGAGUGUGGAGCGAUUGGACUGACCGAACAACCGUACGCAGCAUUACGGCAUAGCUUGAUGGUGAAUCUCAUCAGCAGCGGCAAAUACGAUGUGGGAUUUAUGCAGGGCAUCAAGAUGUACUGUCAUGUUGAACCAGGCAUCUUUGACGAGUCAUUCCACCCGGUCAGAGUGGCUCGCAACUGGGUUCUCCUGCGGCUGAUAUGUGCACUUCUGGCCGACUACAGAUAUCGCGAGUACAUGAGUGAGUUGAUGGCAAGAAGUGGCGUUGAUUUCGCGAUUGUUGUAUAUCACAUGUUCCAAGAUGUGGUUGACGCGGUGGACAAGAGUCAUGGACGGGAGAGCAGCUUGGCCAAGAGUAUCGGGGAGGAGUUUGAGGCGACGCUGGACACGCUGGAUGCGCGAGAUGCGGGGAUGAAAGCAGCGUAUUCUGCAGCACGGGCAGCGCAGUUUUCAAAACUGGAGCAGCUGGCAAACACGGUCGAGAUGUGA